AUGAGCUCUGCAAUUUAUUUCAGCCGAUUCCUAGUCACAAACCAAGUUUUUUACAAAUCUAAACACUCAUUUGCACUCGUCAACCUAAAACCUUUAGUUCCUGGCCAUGUUCUCGUAGUGCCACUAAGAACAUCGGUCGUAUGCUUGGCUGACCUAACGAAAGAGGAAAACGAUGACUUUUUCGGGACCCUCCAACUGAUUCACCGAUUCAUCAAGUUCCACUUCAAGGCUGACUCGCUCAACAUUGCUAUCCAGGAUGGCCCUGAAGCGGGUCAGACGGUCCCGCAUUUGCACACGCACAUCAUCCCACGCUAUCACACCAACAACGUAGGGGACAAGAUAUAUGAGAUGCUAGAUGGUUGGACGUUCGAGUCGUGGACGCAAAGACGCCAGUUAUAUUUGGAGUCUGGGGGCCGCGAGGGAAGGAAGCACUUUGCUAAACCGGACGAUCAACGUGUUGAGUGCUCACAGGAGCAUAUGGCCUCUGAGACCCAGCUGUUGAGGGAAAGUCUUUCGCAGUAUCUCACGGAUAGUGACUUGUGA